AUGGAGUCAAAAUUAUCUGCAAUGCUUCAAGACCAAGAAGAAACCUCAAGAAACUUGCUAGCUGCUGAAUCGGAAGUGAAAAGGCAGAGGGCCUUGGUGAGUUACGCGGCAGCAGGAAGCGAGGGAUUUUUACAAGCCAAAAAACACGAAGCAAAGAUUGUCUUGCAAUCGUUGUUUGGAGACGCACAACCGGAUAUGCCCGUCUGGGCAUUGAGGAUGCAGCAGAGUUUAGCAGCUGUACAAGAAACAUUAAUAGUGAUGCAACAAGCGAUUCUACAACUAGGUGAGCAAAUCACUUCUCUCAGUGCUGCAGUCAGAAGAAUCGAUUCUAGACUGAUUAGGAUCGAGAAUCGCUAUUCAUUUACAAAUACCAACGAGCGCUUUCUGCAGGAAAUUUGCAAUUCUUCAGGAGUAUUUCCUUCUUCUGCCGAUCUUCCAACGCUUGUUAAUGCUGCUGAUCUCGAGGCCUUGCCUAGCGACGCGACAAAAGAUUAUUUACGCUUCUAUGGUCUCCGGGUUCUCGCUUCUGCUGAAAAGAAUAAGUCUACGCUCAAAACGCAUCUUGGAGUCCCUCAAGCACCUUAG